AUGGCUGGUGGCAGUUUUACAGACGGUCUUCCCGAGGUACACUAUGCGGGCGAGCAACUGACCGCUUACGAUAUGUUCUGCGUUGACGCAAUCCAGGGAAGGCUGAAGGGGCUGUCAAGGGUUCCUGGCGAUGACCCCGCGAAGCACAAGAGCUCAGCCACGGAAAGGGCUCGCGAGUUCGCCCGCAGGUGGCCCUGGCUUCCCCGUUACGUCUCGCACUGCGAGAGGACCAAACUGUGGCUUUCUCCGCCCGUGAAUGCCAGGGACAUCAUCAUCGAGGCCGUCCCUGACGAUGGCUGGGAAGAGCUCAUCGCACAACGUCCCCUUGUACAAAGAGUCCCCGGUCGCGAUCAAGCCUUUGGGACUUCUGACUUCCUUCACCCUUCACCCUCGCCCUCAUUCAUCUCAACCGGCACUCGCCUCGGCUUCGAGAACUCUAGGGCACUCUCAAGGCGAAAGCACUACGUCGUAUUUGUCGGAAGAACUGUCGGUGUCUUCGCUACCGACGAGGAGUCCCGCGCCGCUUAUGAAGGCAUUUCAUGUGCCAUUCAUUGCGCUUACCCAACAGAAUGGGACGCGCAGUUGGCUUUCCAGCAAGCCUGGCUCUUCGGCGAAGUUCAUGCGCGCCAGUGA